UUUCUGAGGAAAGAAACAGAGAGAGGACAAGCAGACAGAGAGGAAAGCAAAGUGGAUCUUUAGGUUUUUACCUUCGUCUGUUGAUCUUCUCUAGUCAGCGUUGACUCGUUAUUUUCAGUAUCGGCACCAGGGUGUACUUGUUUGCGUCAGCCAGGUCCGUGCAGCGGCAACAGGGAUGAACUGGUCAGGACUGGAGAACCUGCUGAGUGGAGUCAAUAAGUACUCCACGGCCUUCGGGAGGAUUUGGCUGUCCAUGGUGUUUGUGUUUCGAGUCAUGGUGUUUUUGGUGGCAGCGCAGAGGGUUUGGGGUGAAGACAGCAAAGACUUUGUGUGCAAUACCCGACAGCCUGGCUGUGAAAAUGUGUGCUAUGACAAGAUCUUCCCCAUCUCCCACAUCCGCCUCUGGGCACUGCAGCUGAUUUUUGUCACCUGUCCGUCUCUAAUGGUGGUAGCUCAUGUUAAAUUCCGCGAAGGGAAAGACAGGAAGUAUGUGGAAUUGCACCACAGCUCUCACCUGUACGCCAACCCCGGCAAGAAGAGAGGCGGGCUAUGGUGGACCUACCUGUUCAGUUUGGUCUUUAAAGCUGGAUUUGAUACAUUGUUUCUCUACAUACUCUAUCGGCUAUAUCAUGGAUAUGACCUGCCCAGGCUGUCCAAAUGCUCGGUGUCUCCGUGCCCCAACACCGUCGACUGCUUCAUCAGUCAUCCGACGGAGAAAAAGAUCUUCAUGGUGUUCAUGGUUGUGUCCAGCGCACUGUGCAUCGUCAUGUGCCUCUGUGAAAUACUUUAUCUCAUCGGCAAGCGCAUCACGAAACUGCUAAAGGUUGAACACGAAAACCAGAGGGUCCUAUUUGCCAAGCAGCAUGAGCUCAACAACCUCGCCCCCCCCAGAUCCCAGUAUCGGCGGGUGGACUCGACGCUGACAGACAGCCAGCUGAGUUUAAACAAACGAGAGAAAGCCAGAGAAGCCGGCGAGUGUACGACACUGUAGCACGUCUAUGGUGUGGAUGCUCACUCAGUCCGAGCGGGGAUCUGGGUACAGGUACCAGAAGUGAACUGCUAUUGGAUGGAUAAGCUGUUUCUAGGUUUUAGAUAAGGAGUACUAGUAUUUCAAAUUUUGGAGACUACAUUUUUAAAGUUCUGUGCCACUGACUGUCUUAUGGCUGCCUAAAGGAGUAAACUGGGACCUGAUGGAAUCCAAUCCAUGACAUGGUGGGACUGACCACAUAUCAACACUGUGUUGUGUUCAUAUUUUUCUCCUGAAUGUCUUUGUAUCUCACGUGCUGUUACUGAUUGUGCGACUGAGUAAAACCUGUCCGACGCCUCGUGCAUUUCUUCAGUUACACAACAGACUUUGUUGACGUCAUCGACUGCGUCUGUGGCCAAUGUGGAAGACAAACGAAGACACUCCAGUGGUGUAAAUAUGGUAAAGAGUGUCUACUCUGAGACGUUAUCAGGUGUAGGUUGCAAAAUAUGUCUGUAAAUCAGUGCAGAGAAAAAGUUUGAAUCUUGACCUCGAGAAGUGAUUCCGGCAUCGACACAGCAACAUGGACAAAAACAUUGUACCGCGGAAAACAGAUGUUUACUGGUUUCAGCGAGAAUACGGUGGACGAGUGACGUCACUCAGUUCUUUUUUUUAGGUUUGUGCAACAAUUCUUUCUUUUUUUCACUGCACUUGUUGCAGCAUUAAGAACAAAGUGGAUGUUGAUUUUUCACUGACUGUGAAAGACGAACAGUGAGAGCAAAGACACCCAGUUUGAUAUCAGAUAAACUCGCCGGACACCACAGAGAGAAAACAACAACAACAAAAGAAUUGUUGGACCAACUUAAAGAACUUCAUUACAGAUAUUUAGGUUUGUCCAAAUUAUGCUUCCAGUGUGGUGUAAGUAUUACUCAAGCUGAUUUGGAAGAACUUGUGUUUUGAGGUUGGUCCAACGACUCUUUUUCAGUGCCGCCUUUAAUCCAGUGCAGAUUAUUAAACAUCCUGUCACUUUGUUCUCUGGUGUACAUAUGCAGUCGUGUGAGUUUUUUGGUCAUUUGUGUUGUAUUGUGAUGUACAUGGACAUAGUGAACCUGGCUGUGUCUGUUGGUGUAAAAUAAUUGAAGAUGAAUAUUGUUUUUUAUGUUUAAAGGGUGUUCUUUCUUUAACAAUUUGAACCUAAACUCACACAAAUAAUUCAAGAGCUUUUCUGUUUUUCCAACUGAUCUAAAGUAUUUUAACUGUUUACUAUAAUUGUGCACCUUUUAUAUGUUUUUGUUUCCAUUAGUGAUGUAAAUAAACCUUCAAGCACGACUUAGUUUGAGUUAGAAUUAGUUUGCUUGUUAGGUGUUCUAUUUUUAUUGCCCAGUUAAUGAAAUAAAAAUCUUAACAAUAUGCAAAAAAAAAAAAAAAAAACAUUCAUCUGGAUCAUUGGCAAGAAAAUACAAAUUUGACCAACAAUUUGAACUGCUGAAACUGUAAAAUUAAAUUUGCACUUG